CAGGAGCACCGAGCCCACAGUCGGAACAGACCGACUCUCUCUCUGCCUGUGUGUGCUGCCUCUGCCUCGCCGUGGGAGCGAUUGCGGAGGGCGAGCAUGGCUGCGGUGACGCUGCUGCGAAGGGCGCUCCCUGCUUAAGUGCCUUCCCCUGUCUGCCUGGGGCUUCUCCUUCCGCACACCGCUGCCUCGGCUCCCAUGGGCAGAGUUGCUCUCCGGCUCAACCCCACGAGCAAAGAAGAUGUGGGAGAUGUGGCUGUCUUGCACGGCCGAGUGACGUUUCUGGCAGCCCGACUUCCAGGACCCGGAGGGAUCGUUGUCGUCGUCCACAGCCAGCAGGAUGCUCUUCCCACCUUCUGCGCAGGAGUCCUCUCCCCGCGGCCUGCCGGACGCCCACGACCUGUGCCUUGGCUUGCAAUCUCUCAGCCUGCCCGGGUGGGACCGGCCCUGGAGCACGCAGGACUCGGAUGCGGCGGCCCAGCCCAGCGCACAGUCGGUUCUUAACAUGCUCAGCAACCCGCUGGGGAAGCCCCCGUUGGGUUUCUUGCCGCUGGACCCCAUUGGCUCGGAGCUGACGGAAAGCCUUCCCGGCCCGGCUUUAAGGAGCUCCCGCCUGGACAGCAGCCGGUCGCUCCUGUAUUCGCGCUCCAGCAGCCCCUCCAACUCCGACACCAGCGGAUUCAGCUCCGGUUCAGACCAUCUCUCAGACUUGAUUUCAAGCCUCCGCAUCUCUCCGCCUCUGCCAUUCCUGCCUCUCGGUGGUCUCGCUAGAGAUUCCUUGAAUGGAGCUGGUUCCCACCUGGAUCAGGAUCAAGCGACUUUGGCCGCAGUCACAUCCACCCCGACCGCCAUCCCCAAGCAGUGGCCUCGAGCCUCCACUUGGCCUUCGUGGAACUUGCCAGACCCUUCCUCCCCGGAGGACCCCUUCAGCAUCGAACGGGAGGCAAAGCUUCACAAGCAGGCAGCAGCCAUGAACGACGCCACCUGUACCUGGAGCGGGCAGCUCCCACCCCGAAACUACAAGAAUCCAGUCUACUCCUGUAAGGUGUUUUUAGGAGGAGUGCCUUGGGAUAUCACAGAAGCGGGUCUGAUCAGCACUUUCCGUGUGUUUGGUUCGUUGAGAGUGGAGUGGCCGGGUAAGGAUAGCAAGCACCCUCGCUGCCCUCCCAAAGGUAAUAUGCCUAAAGGCUAUGCUUACCUAGUGUUUGAGUCCGAGAAAUCUGUGCGCGCCUUACUCCAGAAUUGUUCCCGUGAUGUGCUGAGCUCCAGCGGCCUCAGUGAGUACUAUUUCAAGAUGUCCAGCCGCAGGAUGCGCUGCAAAGAGGUGCAGGUCAUUCCGUGGGUCCUGGCAGACAGCAACUUUGUGCGCAGCCCCACCCAAAGGCUUGACCCGGGCAAAACCGUCUUCGUGGGCGCUCUCCAUGGGAUGCUGAACGCAGAGGCCUUAGCGGGGAUCCUCAACGACCUGUUUGGAGGCGUGGUGUACGCAGGCAUCGACACGGACAAGCACAAGUACCCUAUCGGAUCCGGCCGUGUCACCUUCAACAACCAGCACAGCUACCUGAAAGCGGUGAGUGCCGCGUUUGUGGAGAUCAAGACGACCAAGUUUACAAAAAAGGUUCAGAUUGAUCCGUACCUGGAAGAUGCCAUGUGUCAAGUCUGCCGUGCUCAGCCAGGUCCCUUCUUCUGCAGAGACCAGAUCUGCUUCAAGUACUUCUGCCGCUCCUGCUGGCACUGGAAACAUUCCAUGGAGGUCCUGCACCACCACCGCCCGCUGAUGCGCAACCAGAAGAACCGGGAUGCCAGCUAGACCCCAGCGCGGCUGCCUUGUGUUUCACCCGCCACAGAGAGGAAGAGGGGGCCCUGGCAUGCUUUCCGGAGUCCCGCCAAUGCCUGGGAGGUGCCCGUCUUGGAAGGACUGUCGGGGGAUUCUUGCCUUCACGUUUGCACUUGCUGGUCUUUAUUUGUUUUUCUGCACUUUUUAAUGCACAGUGGAUUUUUUGUCGGGGGGGGGGGUAUG